UUUAUCUACAGAAAUGAAAUCAGCGUCAUUUCGAAGAGGACAGCCAUUCAGUCAAGUAUUGAUGCCUUGUUAUACAGUGCAACGCCACUGGCCACUCUGGUGUCAGUAAUUAUUAUGGUGCUUACAGGCCAGACCCUCACGCCCGCCAAUGUUUUCAUGCUGCUGUCGUUUAUGGGUGUUCUAAAAUUUAGUGGUAUGUUGAAUAUGACAUCAGGUUUAAUGGUAACGUAUGACGCCUACGUUUCGCUCGGAAGAAUCGAAGAAUUCCUUCUUUUGGAAAAUCUGUUGCAAGCCUCGGAGAGUGAUGUAAGCAACGAGCCUCAACAAAAAGCGGAAAGUACCGCAACUUACUUAAGUCGCAGUUACUUGAAAAAAGAAGAGGAAAAUACGGAGAAAGUUUCCCUCUCUCGUGAAUCAAGAGAAUUAGGGCCUACUAUAUUAUGUGUGUCAAAUUUAAGCUACGCAAAAACGCAUCAUGAAGAUGAAUUUAUUCUUGAGGAUAUCAACUUCUUUGCACCUUCAAAGAGUUUAACAGUCAUCACCGGACCGGUUGGAAGUGGUAAGUCUACUCUGCUCUCAGCGAUCGCUGGUGAAAUUUCGAACACCAGUGGGACGAUUGAUUAUCAAGGUUCUGUCAUUUACUUGCCUCAGACUGCUUGGGUGUUCUCGGGAACGAUAAAAGAAAACAUUCUGUUUGGUCAACCCUUCGAGGAGUCCAAGUACGAAAGAAUAAUCGACGUCUGCGCUCUGAAAGAAGACUUUCAGCGGUUACCUGAUGGUGACCAAACAGUUGUUGGAGAACGCGGAGAGGUUCUGAGUGGAGGACAACAGGCGAGAGUAAGUUUAGCUCGUGCAGUUUAUGCUGACGGAGAUAUUUAUCUAUUGGAUGAUCCACUGAGUGCUGUCGAUUUUAAAGUUGGCCAACACAUCUUUAACAAGUGCAUCAAAGAUCUAUUGGGCGAUAAAAUCGUUCUGUUUGCCUCUCAUCAGCAACAGCACAUGGAAAAUGCUGAUCAAGUGAUUGUGGUUUACAAAGGGCGUGUUCUCGACAAGGGAAGCUUUCCUGAGCUGCACGAAAAAGGUGUUAUCAAUUCAAUUGUUGACCCGCUCUAUAAAGCAGCUCUGAAGGACAAAACGGACUCAUCUGAGCCGUUCUGCUGGGAAGAUAAAGAGGAAGACAAUGAUGCUGAAAAGUGCCAGAAAAUACAUUCUCUGCCCAAUGAAGCGAAGAGUUUGGAGAUAGCAAGGGAGGAUCGUUCAAUCGGAGUUGUGACAUCCAAGCUUUAUUGGGACUAUUUCAGAAGUGGAGCACAUCCUUUGAUGCUAACUGGAAUGGUUGGUUUAAGUCUCAUUACUCAAGCCAUCAUAGUUGCUCCCGACUUGUGGCUUUCGUUUCUUGCAAGGCUAAACCCAGAGGAUCAGAAGAACAAGACUUAUCUAUCUGUCUUCGCCUGUCUGGUUGGCGCGUGUUUUAUAUUUACUAUCGUUCGGGCUUAUGGAUUCUUCCAUGUUUGUCUAAAGUGCGCCGAGCGUCUUCACGAUAAAAUGGUUGUGGCCAUUUUACAAGCACCUGUCCUGUUCUUUGAUUCAAAUCCAGUGGGAAGAAUCCUAAAUCGUUUCUCCAAUGAUAUUGGCUGCGUAGAUGAGAUGUUACCCAAAACAUUCCUGGCGGCAAUGCAGAUGCUCUUGGUGAUAUUUGCCCAAAUUCUGGUAACAGUUGCCACAAAUGUUUGGCUGAUGUUUCUUGUUGUUCCAAUUUCCAUGUUGGUCGGUUUUCUAUCCAAUUAUUACUUGAAGACUGCCAGAGAACUAAAGAGGUUAGAGUCGAUAUCCCGAAGCCCAGUGUUCGCUCAUUUUUCGGAGACCCUGAUAGGACUGGACACGAUUCGUACGAGAGGAAGACAGACAGAUUUUGUGGAUGCACUCUACAGAUAUCAAGAUGUUCAUAAUCAGGCGUAUAUUAUGGUGAUGGCCAGCGGUAGGUGGCUCGGUGCACGUUUGGAUUGUCUCGCUUCCUUGUUAGUCGGUGCAGUUGCUCUGGCUGCAAUCUUGGUAUCUCAAGAUGCCGCUUACGCUGGUCUCGCUCUUGUUUACGUCAUCCAAACUCUGAGCGCGACUCAAUACGCUGUUAGAAAAACGUCUGAAGUUGAAAACUACAUGACGUCAGUUGAGCGAGUUAUGACCUACACCCAACUCGAUCAGGAGCCUGGAUACGAAGAAGAACGAACACCGCCAAAAGACUGGCCUCGGAGAGGAAGUAUUGUGUUGAGAGAUGUAUCAUUGACGUACUAUCCGGGGGGACCUCAAGUGCUGAAGAACAUCAAUCUUAGCAUCAAAGGAGGAGCAAAGAUCGGAGUUGCCGGCCGUACGGGAGCUGGGAAGUCAUCUUUUGUAGCAGCUCUCAUGCGCAUGCCUGAUGCUGAUGGAGAGAUAGUCAUCGACGAUGUUCCAAUUAAAGAGAUAGGCCUCCAACAAGCUCGACGAGGUAUCUCAGUUCUUGGCCAAAGUCCUGUUCUUUUUAGCGGAUCUUUGAGGAAAAAUCUCGAUAUUUUAGACAAGUUUCGAGACGCUGAAUUAUGGCAGGCUUUAGAGGAUGUGCAACUGAAAGAUUUUGUCGGGAGGCUUGAGGCCAAGCUGGAUCACGAACUGCUGGAACAUGGUGCUAAUGUGAGUGUUGGAGAGCGGCAGUUAAUUUGCUUGGCUCGUGUGCUGCUACAGCGAAGUAAAAUCGUCGUCUUGGACGAGCCAACUGCGCAUGUUGACCCAGACACAGAGCAGACGAUUUGGAAUGUAGUGCGGGACAAACUGAAGGAGUCGACUGUCAUCACUAUAGCUCACCGUUUGAACACGAUAAAAGACUGCGAGAAGAUUUUGGUCUUGAAAGAUGGAAAAGUUAAAGGAUUUGACAAUUUUGACUCAAUAAUGAACAUUAAGUGAGAUGCGAUCUUAGGUUGAAAUACCUCGAAUGUCACGCAGGUCUGAUCCUGCAGAGCUCAAGAUAUUAUACAGUUUAUAAUCUUUUCUAGAGCUGGCAUUUGAUGUUAUUGUUCGGUUUUGGCUCCUUUAUACUUCUAUGCAUCUUUAAAAUCUCUCUCGCUGUCAUGUUUCGCGGUGUCACGCAACGUCCAAUUUUCCCUGGUUCUGUUUAGUAUUAGAUCACAGACGAAGUCAUAAUGUGGUAAGAACAGCAAAACGGCACACUAGGCGCAGGCGAGUGUGUCACUGAUGUUCCAACUGCUUUAUGACGUCCUCUGUGAUAUAUUAAUGAACAGACCCACCGUAGCAUAGAUUACAUUUGUUUUAUGUAAUAAACAAAGCAAAUUUUUUUUCAUGUGGACGUCACUUAUCCGUCUGUUCCCCAACUGAUCAUAAGUAAAAGACCAAUGGAGAUGCCCUGGGAACGACUUACGAGCGCCACUUACCACCCAACGCAAUGCGCACAAGAAACAAGAUAACAGUUUAUUCAGAAAUAGGAAACUGUUCAGCAGCCUAGCUAUGUCCAGAUUUAGGGUCCGAUAUCAGAGAGUAACAAGUUGUCAUGUCAACAUUCACUUUGGGUAUAAAUUUAGAUCUCCUCGGAUGAGCAUGUCAGCAUUCACGUUAGGGAAAAAUUAAGAUCUUAUCGGACAAGUGGAAAGAAUGAGAGGAGAUGCAGGUCUACGUGAUAGCGGCACAGAUUUUUUAAAGUCCAUAUAAGAUAAAUAAUAACUCUAAUAUAUAGAUUUAGCCAAGCCUAAAAGCGGAGCUCUCGUCAAUUUAUUUUCCAGCCCUUCAUUAUUCUGAGUAAAAACUGUAAUAAAACUCCUUAGCACU